AUGGCACGCCUAGUGUGCAUCCAAGAAGGAGACAUGGAACUGCCAUUUGUCUACAUCGAUUCGCUUGAGCAAAAUGCUGACAUCGCAAACGCAUCAUCGUUCAUUGCACAAGCACGUCGUAUAAUCGCAUCUGAUGCCGUGUCGGAAGGGGUAAAGCAGGAGAUCUUUGCAACUGCUAUGGAGUGUAUUGCCGACAUCAAGAGGUACUAUCAAGCGAAGCAGAAAGAGGAACAGUUACUGAAGAUGGAUGCUGAAAUCGACGGGAAAAUUAUGCCAAGUUCAGCAAGAACUAGCCAACAAAGAGCGUUUGAACAUUGA